GGAGAAGACAACUGGCUCCUUGAGUAGGAGAGACAUAUCUGGUCGGGAGGGAUAAGGAGGAGGAGGAUAGAUAGAUAGUUUGGUCUUAAAACUUUUGUUGUCUGAUCGAUUUAAUUUUUAAAGGAAAUCUCAUCUCUUUCCUGGAAAAUCGAGCUCGAAAGUUUUGACCUUUUUUCUCAUUCGUCGUAGCUUUUAGACAUUUUUUUUUUCAUUUCUCGGCUGUCAAUUAAGAACCAGUCUCUAAGGUAGAAUUUAAGAAAACUGGGUUCAAUUUCAAGGAAAAAAAAAUCUAAUUCUUGAGAAUGAUCAAGAAAAAGAUCCCGGCUUGGCCUUGGUGGUUGUUAGGAGGUAAAAAGGAGAAAGAGACAGAAGCUCACAAUCGAGCCAAAGGAAAGGUUAACAAGCGAAAGGAGCUGGAACUUGAGAGCUUUGGUUCGUCUGGUUCAGAAUCUGUAGCUCUUUCUGCUGUUGCUGCUGUUGAUGAGUGGUCUGUUGGAUGGACUGAGCCACUUGGACCUGGUUUCCAAAGCGAUGAAGAUGGAGAUGAUGGUGGCUUCUUAGUCCUGGUUCCUUGUUACAAAGCUGUCGCUGAAGGUGCUAGUAAUAAACAGCUCUUGACUGCUGUCAAGAAUCUCCCCAGCGGUUUGUCUCCUGAUGGGAAGAACUACAUGGAUCAAUGGCUUUCAUCUCUGCAGAAGCUUUGACCAGGUCUCUUCCUUGUGUAGUUAGUUAGUAGUUUUAGUUAUCUAACAACUCUCUGAAGAACCAGUUUGGUUACUACAUAAAUCCUGAAAACCAAAAAAAAGGAGAAAAAGAGUGAAAAAAGAAGAAGCACAAGUAGUUUACGGUUUAGAUUAAGAUGAUACGGGUUUUGUUUAUAUUGAUAUUGGAAACGGAUUAAGCUCAAAAAAGGAAGAAAAAGAGUUAAAAAAAAACAAUGUGUGGGAAUGGAAAAAGAUGAAACAAGAGGCAGUUUCAGAGUUCAUAUAAGAUUAUUUAAGUUGAUUACACUGAGCAACGAAAGAGGGUGGAUAAUAAUUAACAUUGAUUCUAGGAGAGGAUUUAAAGUGGGAAGAAAGGAAUAUGAGAUUGGGUUGGAGGAAGAAAGAAGAAGCAGUAAUGCUAGAGUUUCUUGAUAUCAGGAUUUGAUGGUGUGGAAGGGGAUUGAUUAUUCAUCCUCCAUGUAAAAAGUCUCCAAUGUAAAUACACAGAAAGAGUGAUGUACAUACUCUUAUGUUGUCUUGUAUCAUAUAACUCUCUUCUUCCUCAAGACUGAAUUUGAUGUAUUGUAUUUGUAUGUAAUUGGUUAACUACCACUGAUAUUUUUGUAUAUAGAAACAGUAAUGCCACUGUAAAAAAUGUAUAUAUUGAUGUAAAAAAAGGAAUAAAAGUGUAAAAAAGGAAUAAAAAUAUAUAUAUUGUAAUUGGUGAGGCAGGAAUAGUUUCUCCAUAUGUCCUGGAUAGAUUCUUAUUUAGCUAGUAAAAG